UAUUUUUCCUUUUCUUUUUUGUUUUGAAUUUUAAAUUCCUAAGAUGAAAAUCGUACAGUGAAGAUAGUAUGAUUGAUACGAUAGCAGUGUGUGUUGGUUUUAGACUUUAUUAUUUCUUUCAUAGUAAACGAGAAUUUGAUGUUGUGGGACGCUUUGCUUUAAUUAUGCUGCAACGAACUAGAGAGAGAAACUAGAGAGAGAGAAACUAGAGGGACUUUCUUCUACUAAUUCAACUUUGCGGUUUCGUAAUCCAUUCGAAAUUAGUAUUUCAACUUUUGGGAUCUGGCUUCUAGGGUUUCAGCUUUUGACUUUCUUGAAGCUUCUUUUCAGUUUUUGAGAAAUUCAUAUGAAAAUGGCGGUGAGUUUUGUUGCAGAUUGAUGGGUUGAAUCGUCUCGGUUGUGUUGUAUGAAGUGUCUCAGUAAACCGAAUUGAAUUGGUUGAAUUGGUUUGUGUGAGUUUUGGAGGAAGCUACAAUGCAUCUUUCACUGUGGAAGCCCAUUUCUCAUUGUGCUUCUUUGAUCAUGGAUAAGAAAGGCAGGAAGAAAGCUGAGUCCAUGGCUGAUAUAAAAAGGAACCCAUCUAUGCUUCGGAAGCUGCAAGAAAACAAGCUGAGGGAAGCUCUUGAAGAAGCUUCGGAAGAUGGAUCACUCUCCAAAUCGCAUGACAUGGAACCUGACACUGUUGGGAACCAGGAUGAGAGCCUUGGGAGAUCCAGAUCGCUGGCCAGGCUGCACGCGCAGCGUGAGUUUCUUCGCGCCACUUCCCUUGCGGCUGAGCGCACGUUCGAGUCUGAGGAUGAAAUUCUUAGCCUCCAAGAAGCAUUUUCCAAGUUUCUCACUAUGUAUCCCAAGUAUGUGUCGUCCGAGAAAAUUGAUCAGUUGAGGUCUGAUGAAUAUUCUCAUUUGCCGCCUAAGGUAUGCCUCGAUUAUUGUGGAUUUGGACUAUUCUCUUUUGUUCAGACCCUUCAUUAUUGGGAGUCUUGUACGUUUAGCUUGUCUGAGAUAACUGCUAAUUUGAGUAACCAUGCACUUUAUGGUGGUGCUGAAAAAGGAACUGUUGAGUAUGAUAUAAAGGCUAGGAUUAUGGACUAUCUGAAUAUCCCUGAGAAUGAAUAUGGCCUUGUUUUUACUGUUAGUAGAGGAUCUGCUUUUAAAUUGUUGGCGGAAUCGUACCCUUUCCAAACGAACAAAAAACUGUUGACCAUGUUCGACCAUGACAGUCAAUCUGUUAAUUGGAUGGCUCAGUGUGCUAGGAGUAAGGGUGCCAAAGUGCACAGUGCAUGGUUCAAAUGGCCAACUCUCAAACUCUGCUCUACUGAUUUGAGAAAACAGAUUUCCAAUAAGAAAAAGAGGAAGAAGGAUUCAGCUACUGGUCUUUUUGUGUUCCCAGUUCAGUCCAGAGUAACUGGGGCUAAGUAUUCGUACCAGUGGAUGGCCUUGGCGCAGCAGAACAACUGGCAUGUCUUGCUCGAUGCUGGGUCAUUGGGCCCCAAAGACAUGGAUUCGCUUGGCUUGUCACUUUUCAGGCCAGAUUUUAUAAUUACAUCAUUUUACAGGGUAUUUGGGUAUGAUCCCACAGGUUUUGGCUGUCUACUGAUAAAAAAAUCGGUGAUGGCAAGCCUUCAAAAUCAGUCAGGCAGUACCGGAUCUGGAAUGGUAAAGAUUACCCCCGAGUUUCCAGUGUAUUUGAGUGACUCCGUAGAUGGUUUGGACAGAUUGGCUGGGACUGAAGAUGACGAAUUCAAUGUGGUUGGUGAUAAGACUUUUGAACCUCGCCAGGGAUCACAGUUGCCUGCUUUCUCUGGUGCAUACACGUCUGCACAAGUCAGGGAUGUAUUUGAGACUGAAAUGGAUCACGACAGUUCUGAAAGAGAUGGAACCAGCACUAUAUUUGAAGAGACGGAGAGUAUAUCUGUGGGAGAAGUGAUAAAGAGCCCUGUCUUCAGUGAGGAUGAGUCUUCUGAUAACUCAUUUUGGAUUGAUUUGGGUCAGAGUCCAAUGGGGUCGGACAAGGUAGGUCAAUCAAAUAAACUGAAGAUAUCUUCUCCCCUUCCACCAUUCUGGUUCAGUGGGAAGAAGAACCACAAGCAGCAUUCUCCAAAACCAUCUUCCAAUAUGUAUGGCAGUCCUAUUUAUGAUGACAGAGACGUAAACCUAGGUUCUCAUGACGAACGUCAUGUGCUGUCAUUUGAUGCUGCCGUCUUAAUGUCACAAGAACUAGAUCGUGUCAAAAAGGUCCCUGAAGAAGAGCAAGUUGACGAAGUUCAUCAUUAUUCAGUAAAUGGAAAUGGGCCAGAUCGUUCGCAUGUCAGUGAGAUAAUGGAAGAACCUGGAACCAGUGAAGCAGUUCAAAAUGGAUCUGUUGCUAUGAGAGAGUCUUGGCUCGUUAAUUCGGCAUCUCUUACUAGGCAUCAAAGCCUGGAAAAUGGCUCUGCCUCUGAUGUUAAAGAGAGCGCCAUAAGAAGGGAAACUGAAGGUGAAUUUAGGUUGUUGGGUAGGAGAGAAGGAAAUCGAUAUGGUGGUGGUAGGUUGUUUGGUUUGGAAGAUGAUGAACACAAUAGCAGAGGAAGAAGAGUGUCGUUUAGCAUAGAAGACAACCAUAAAGAGCACCCGAGAGAGACCUUGGAGACAGGGGACAUAUCUGCAACUAGCUUAGAUGAUGAAGAGGUCAGUAGUGACGGAGAAUAUGGUGAUGGAGAGGAUUGGGGCAGGAGAGAACCUGAGAUAGUAUGUCGAAAUAUUGAUCAUGUUGAUAUGCUUGGUCUUAAUAAAACCACGCUUAGACUUCGGUUUUUGAUUAAUUGGCUUGUUACUUCACUACUGCAACUAAAGUUAUCUGUUUCUGAUGGAGAUGAAAAAGUAAACCUUGUUCACAUCUAUGGCCCAAAAAUAAAAUAUGAAAGAGGUGCAGCUGUGGCUUUCAACCUCAGGGACAAAAGUAGGGGGCUAAUCAAUCCUGAGAUUGUUCAAAAGCUAGCUGAAAAAGAAGGAAUUUCUCUUGGCAUUGGUAUUCUUAGUCAUAUACAGAUUUAUGAUAGCUCAAGGCAGCGUGGAGCUUUGAAUCUUGAAGACACAACUCUUUGCAAGCCUAUGGAGAACGGUCGGCGUGAUGGCAAAGGUAGCUUUGUAAGGCUUGAAGUUGUCACUGCUUCACUUGGGUUUCUGACAAAUUUUGAGGAUGUAUAUAAAUUCUGGGCAUUUGUAGCAAAGUUUCUCAACCCGGAAUUUAUCAGAGAAUGUGGCCUUCCUAUUGUUCAAGAAGGCUCGGAGACGUGAGAUGGCAUAGUCGGUGACUUUUAUUCAAUUUUGGAAACUGAAGAUUGAAGAUCAUUUAUGAGAUGUUGCCGAAUAGGGGCUGUGGCCAAAAGCUGGAAGACCAAUGGAUUGGUGAUAAUUUGUAUGCGGCUAGAUAAACAUAUACUUUUCUCUGCAUAAAAGCCAGACAAACAAGACUAGCGGGUGGAUUUGUUAAUUCAUGUUUCAUGUUGCUUAAAAUUAUUAUUUUCCUCUUUAUUUUUGUUACAUAUUGGGAUGCCAUGAUGUAAUGAAGCAAAGAUUGAAUCAGUUAUAUCUUCUACUGAUUAAUACUUUGCCUCUGUUGCAUACGAAAGGCUUAGCAACUUUUGUAAAAAGGUAGUGUUCAUUUUCAUGCUAUAGUUUAUGUUACUAUUC